UAUACUCGUCUUCCAAAAGAGGCAUGGCUUCAACUUUCAAACCAAUUCUCUUCCUACUCUUAUCCAUCUACACCUUCUCACCAGUCUCAAGCCAUCAGCACCACCCCCUAGACCCUCUAACCCCAUCUGAGUUCAACCUGGUCCGAACCAUAGUCGAGAAAUCAUUCCCCAACCCAAACCCGUACAACCUAACCUUCCAGUACAUAGGUUUGGACGAGCCAGACAAACCCACCGUUCUCUCAUGGCUAUCAAACCCAGCCUCCAAACCCCCACCUCGCCGGGCCUUCGUCAUCACACGUAUGGAGAGAAAAUCCCACGAGAUUAUGGUGGACUUAUCCGCUCGUUCGAUAGUCUCCAACAAGGUUUACAAUGGACACGGCUACCCUUUGCUCACCUCUAACGAACAAGUCGUUGCUGCAACCAAAUUGCCACAAAAGUACAAGCCAUUUAUUGAAUCCAUUAAGAAGAGGAGGCUGAACUUUUCAGAUGUGGUUUGCUCCACUUAUUCAAUCGGGUGGUUCGGGGAGGUGAAGAGUAAGAGGGUGUUGAAGCUACUUUGCUUCUAUAAAGAGGGGACGGUUAAUUUGUAUCUGAGACCAUUGGAGGGAAUAACGUUGGUGGUUGAUCUGGAUGAGAUGAAGAUUGUUGAAUACUUCGAUAGGUUCAUUAUUCCGGUACCAAAAGCUGAGGGAACAGAGUACCAGGCAUCCAAGCAGAAGCCACCGUUUGGCCCCCGUUUAAAUGGUGCAGCCUUCGUACAACCCAAUGGAUCAGGAUUUAAGAUUGACGGGCACACUGUCAGGACUAAUGAGGAGCUCAUAAUUAUGCCUUAUGCCUCUGGCAAGGGGAGGGGGAGGACCCAGCCCUUCGCCGAUUGCCCUUCCAAUGCAGUAUUUUUGGACGCAUAUUAUGCCGCAUCAGAUGGCACGCCUGUGAAAACAUCAAACACCUUUUGUAUAUUCGAACGUUAUGCGGGAGACAUCAUGUGGCGUCACACAGAAUUGGGAAUUCCAAAUGAAAUUAUAACGGAGGUUAGGCCAGAGGUGAGCCUAGUUGUGAGGAUGGUCGCAACCGUCGGCAACUAUGACUACGUUCUUGAUUGGGAGUUCAAGCCAAGCGGCUCCAUUAAAUUUGGGGUUGGGCUAACGGGAGUGCUAGAAGUAAAGGGUGCAACAUACACUCACACAGAUCAGGUAAAGGAGGAUAUUCACGGCACCUUGUUAUCGGAAAACACUAUCGGCGUCUACCACGACCACUUUCUGACGUACCAUCUCGACCUCGACGUGGAUGGCAAAGACAACUCCUUCGUCAAGAACAAUUUGGAGACAAUCCGGGUGACAGACGGUAGCUCACCAAGGAAAAGUUAUUGGACGGUUGUGAGUGAAACGGCUAAAACCGAAUCCGAUGCUCGAAUUAAUCUGGUGUCGAAGCCGUCGGAGCUAGUAGUGGUGAAUCCCAACAAGAAAACCAAGAUCGGAAACAACGUCGGUUAUCGUUUGAUUCCAGGGCCAGUGACACACGCUCUCCUGUCGUACGAUGAUUAUCCACAAAUCCGGGGAGCCUUCACUAAUAAUGAUGUGUGGGUCACACCUUAUAACAAGUCAGAGAAAUGGGCCGGGGGACUGUUUACUGACCGGAGCCGAGGAGAUGAUACCUUAGCAGUUUGGAGCCUCCGGAAUAGGAAGAUUGAAAACGAGGAUAUAGUGAUGUGGUACACCAUUGGAUUUCAUCAUGUCCCUUCCCAGGAAGAUUUUCCAGUGAUGCCGACAUUGAGUGGUGGGUUUGAGCUCCGGCCGACCAAUUUCUUUGAGCGCAAUGCAGUCCUUAAAACAAGGGCUAUUAGCCGUGUACACUUGCCUAACUGCACCACCCGACCGUAGGAUUCUAUUCUAUGUUGCCGUGUUGUAAUUGAAGAUUAUCUUCACCACUUUCAAUCUGUAGCUGAUAAUAACAUGGAGAUUUCAUCAACUAUCCAUCAACGUUAUCUUUAUCGUUUUUGUCCUUUUAUCUUUUCCUUAUAAUCCUUACAAAUGUAAUAUCAUUACAAAAGAAAUAAAA